AUGGGCAGGAUUGUGUUUUUCGAGGACAAAAACUUCCAGGGCCGCCGUUAUGAGUGUGACAGUGACUGCUCUGACUUCCAUCCCUACCUGAGCUGCUGCAAUUCUAUUCGUGUGGAAAGUGGCGCCUGGGUGGUUUACGAGCGGCCCAACUACAUGGGUAACCGCUAUCUGCUAACCAGAGGAGACUAUCCUGAAUACCUGGGCUGGAUGGGCCUCAAUGACUGUCUCAGUUCCUGCAAGCUCAUCCGCCUUACAAGUGGAAUGCAGUACAAGGUUCAGUUGUACGACAAGCCUGACUUCACAGGCCAGGCUAUAGAGUCCACUGAAGACUGUCCAUCUGUGCUGGAGAGGUUCCGUCUGAGAGAGGUCCAUUCCUGCAAAGUUCUGGAUGGUUACUGGAUCUUCUACGAGCAUCCCAACUACCGUGGCCACCAGUACUUCCUGGAGAAGGGCAACUACCGCAAACCAGUGGAGUGGGGUGCGGUCUGUCCCACCGUGCAGUCUUUCCGCCGCUUCACUGAGUGA